GGCCUGGGCUAGACUCUCCAGUAGCCGGUCUUUUGAGUGCUCGGCUACUUUUUGGCUGUCUGCAUUAGCUCCUGCCGUCCUCCAACCUCCAGCAUGCCAGGUCCGACCCCCAGUGGCACUAACGUGGGCUCCUCAGGGCGCUCUCCCAGCAAAGCAGUGGCCGCCCGGGCGGCGGGAUCCACUGUCCGGCAGAGGAAAAAUGCCAGCUGUGGGACACGGAGUUCAGGCCGCACGACCUCGGCAGGGACUGGGGGAAUGUGGCGAUUCUACACAGAAGAUUCACCAGGGCUCAAAGUUGGCCCCGUUCCAGUAUUGGUUAUGAGUCUUCUGUUCAUCGCUUCUGUAUUUAUGUUGCACAUUUGGGGCAAGUACACGCGUUCGUAGAUUCGGCUACACCCAUCUGUCAUCUGAAGAAGAAGGAAAAAAACCCAGCAUAUCUUGGACCAAAAGUGUAGUGAUUUUUCUGUUCAGGAGAAAGACAUUUUCUGUAAGCUUAUUGUUUUAUUGGAAACUUAACAAGAAUUGACUUUGAGGGUCAGAUUUUUUUCUAUGGCUAAUAAACUUAUUAAUUGAUUUAUACUGA